AAUCAACAAAACACCCUCCGUUUGUCGUCUCGACAACCUUUCGGUGAUGCUAAAUUCGUGAUCAGCUGUUUGUGAGCGUCAAAGAUUUGUGCUCAGUGAUAUUCAAUGGUUGUUGAACGAGUGAAGGAAGGCGUAAAAAGACUCGCAACUAACAUUCCUUAUUUUGCAUAACGUGAAAAAGAUUUGCCAAACGGUAGAAAAUACUAUGAUGUCCGUGCUUGAAGUAACAUCGGAACUGUACGCCGAGGCAGAAUUCUGCAGCACAGAUACGGGUAAUGGUAAUGCUAUUUCUAAAUUUACCUUUGUGUAUCCAAAUCGUCGUGAAAUUGACGUAAACGGUGGUACACAAACGGGUCAGGAGAAUGGUAAAGGCAAACUGACUAACGGUCUGCCAGACAGUUGCAAGGAAAAGACACCAAGCAUCAAUGAUCCUGAUGACCCGGAGAGCUGUAUAGAAGAGGAAUCGUAUGAAUCAGAUUACGAUGAUGAAAGUGUGUGCUACGAGGAGGAAUCCGAUUCCGAAAGUGAGUGUUGCAAAACAUUGAAACAGAGUGAAAGAAAUCCGAAGCCAACGAUCAAGCUAGAUAAAGACGGAGAUCUUGAUGUAGAACGACAGCGAAAGGGAGCAAUAGAAAUAGAACAUCGUAAAUCAACCCGGUUGGAUUUAGUUGGGCUACAGAUAUGGCGUGGUGCAUUAUUGCUGGCCGACUAUAUUAUGCACAACGAGCGAAAGUUUAAAAAUGCCCAUAUCCUUGAACUAGGUUCUGGCGUCGGGCUUACGAGCAUAGUUGCCAGCAUGUAUGCGCGAGAAGUCAUUUGUACAGACAUUGACAUCGGAGGACUGCUGGACUUGAUACGUGGAAAUGUGCAAAGAAAUGCUCACCUUUCAAAUCCACACUGCCGAGUGCACGUAACUGAGCUUGAUUUCAAGGCUAGUUAUCAGGAUUAUCCGCGUGAACUCAAAGACAAGCUGCAGCAUGUACAGUAUGUGGUUGCGGCCGACGUAAUCUAUGACGAUGACAUUACCGAAGCGUUUGUGCGGACGAUUGUAAGCCUGCUACUAGAACUGCCGAAGCUGAAAGCAAUUUACAUCGCGCUCGAAAAGCGCUAUGUAUUUACGCUCGAAGACAUGGAUUCUGUUGCGCCGUGUUAUGAUUAUUUCCUUCGAUACUUUCAAAAACGGAACAGCCGGUUUGGCGUUAACCGCUGGAAGCUUAUCAAUGUGUGUAUGAAUUUUCCGCGGUACUUCGAUUACGAUAAGGUGAAGGAUUUGGUACUGUUGAAGAUAUGUCACGCCAGCAGCAAAUCAUAAGUUGAAUUGU